AUGUAAUAUUAGUAGCACCUAGCUCACCACAUGCAGUCCGGGCUUUUUCCAGCUCCCCGCAUAUUUGGCAAACGCAUGGCCGGAAACGAAGACGUAGUUUUCGUAAAAUGCCUCGACGACAGUCACAAGUGUCCUAUUUGUCUCGAUGUCCUCAAACACGCAACGCUCACCGAAUGCGGGCACGAGUUCUGCCAUGAUUGCUUGCUGGCUUCCGCCAGAGGCGAUAGGCUUCAAUGUCCACAAUGUAACAAGGAGGUUAUCGUUCGGGACUGUUUCCAUGAUAAGAAACGCGACCGAGAAAUUCAAGAUCUGAUCAUAAAGUGUGACCAGUCUACACACGGAUGCUAUUGGACUGGAGAGCUGAGAAAGCGAAAAGAACACAACGCCGAUUGUGGCUUUGUGCGAGAGCCGUGCCCUCUGAAUUGCAAAGCAAAGGUGAGCAGAAAAGACGUGCAAACUCACUGUCUAGAAUCGUGCCCUAAACGCGAGAUCUCAUGCCGCCACUGCGAUGAGAAGUUGUUGUACGAGCAGCUAGAAUCUCACCAUCAAGACAGCUGCAUGCAGAUUCCAGACGAAUGCUCGUACUGCAAAAAGAUGGUGGCACGAGAAAGCAUAGAAGCGCACAAAGGAAGAAGAGGCAGUUGUCCAGAAAGCUUGCUAGACUGUGAUUUUCAACGCGUUGGAUGUGGAUUCGAAGGUAAAAGAGAAGCAUUGAUGCGUCAUCUUGAAGAUGAGACCGCACAGCACUUGAGUCAAACAGUGGUAACUAUGGCUACCCAAAAUGAUUUUCUGCAAAAAUUACUCCGAGACCUCAAGAAGACACGGAAAGAACUAACAACAUGUAGGUCACAACUAGACGAGUUACAGUACUGGGCAGCUAAAACACCAAACUGGAGCAUUACUCAUUCUGAUGACAACCAUUUUGUCUAUCUGUGGAAACUGGAUGACUGGUCGAGCAAAUUCAGUAGCAAUGGUAAACACUUGAGUAGCACAUUCUACACUGCCAUUCCAGGUUAUCUUUUACGUCUUGCAGCCUAUCUACGUCCUUCGAGUGGAGAUGCGUCUCCCUAUCUGUCUGUUGAUCUUCAAUUAUUGAAGGGAGAAUUCGAUGAACAUGAGAAUUGGCCUUGCACAUUUAACGUUUCUCUAUCAGUUGUCAAUCAUGAUCAAAAGAGUGCCAAAGGUGACCACAUCCUCUGCCAUACUUCAGCCGUUGCUGAGUCUAGUGUAGCUACAUCUGCAUGCGAAAGUCUCUGUCUGUGCAGUACAACCAAAGAAAUCCAGCUCAGCACAACCAACAGACAAGCGUCUAGCUUCAUCAAGAACAACACUGUUCUCGUUAAACUGGUCGUUACUAUCAGUUGAUUUGAUCUAGCUAUACACUACCCCAAAACUUUCAACUCUCCGCGCUCAGUGUCUGUCUGUAGAAGAUGUCUAGGUCUAUGUUUUGUAGCGUGCUUAUUGACUAUGCCAUAGCGUCUCGUCUUAGUACAUAGGUAUACCACGGUACUAAGUAUGUAGUAUGUACGGUAGAGUGCAAUUUUGGUCCUUUUUAGCUGAAUGAAAGUGUCUCAGAAUACUGG